UUCCCUCCCGCCCUCUUCACCCUAUGUCCUUGGCCGAUGAUCGUGGCGACACACAGCCAUGACAAUCGAAGGGACUGUCUCAGCAUGCUCCAAGUUGACUCAAGCAGGGCCAGCUCCGAGACUUUGUCAAACACGGACCUUAUCAUCGACUGCAUCCGCAAACGAGAGGGCCAGGCCGACUCAUCCAGCAAGAACGAUGCGACUCACGUACCACUUGUUGCGACAUACAGAGAUUCUUCACUCCUCCGGCCAGAAUGGAUUUGGUUCGGAUCUAUACACAGUCGAGGACAACGAUCAACGUACAACUAUGACCUCGAGGGUCAUCUCGCCGGCAAAUAGUGCUACAGAGCCUCUCGAAUCAAGGAACGUAACGAAGAACAGAGGAUCGGCGGAAUCUGCUCCAAGAAUGGCAGAGGUCUUUGCUAGGUCUAUCUCUCCGAACACUCAUCGUACGGCUUUGCAAUACAGUGCUGAUUGCAAGCAUAGAAACCUGGUCCAGGAGGCUAACAAGGUACGUCAAGGCAUUCAUCAGCCCUUGAAUGGGAUGCAGAGUAUAGAUCAUACCGCGGCAGUCGAGUCGCUUCUGCGAUUGGGACAGUACCACCACAGCAUCGUACAAGCUCCACAGGUCGAUGACUUUACACCCUUCUCCGGGCCUCUUCUUCCUCUGACGACGGUAGACAUGGGCAGCGGGCCGCUCAUGCCAGAUCUAUUGAUACCGGCAGCUGCUUUGCAGAAGGCUGCUUUCAGCAGAGUGCCGUCGAUGCAUACAUCGGCGAUCACCUGCGACGAUCUGGGACGGAUCUAGAGGCCGCUACGCUGGACGUCAGCGAUAUACCUCUUGCGUUUAUCCCCGGUACCAAUCUGCUGGCUUUAUGUGGUCGACCGUCCAGAGUCGUCGGAGGGCCCGUCUGGGACUACCGAGUCAAACAGUGGCUGUACGUCGUGGCCUUAUGUGUGCUGUUCCAAGUCGGCCACAGCCUACGACAGGACGCCACGAGGGCCGACCGGUGGACGGUGCUUCUACGCCGCCUUGCCAAGUCCAAUGCCAUCCAGUCCGUCUGGGGCAGGAUCUUCACUGUUCUCAAAGGCACCGUAGUGGCCGACGCGCCUGGU